AUGACACAACGAUCCGUUGGUGAUCCCUCUCGUGGACUUGACCUCCACAAGGAGCUGAACUUCCAAAGGGAGAUCAUCAAACUGAGGAAGGCAUUCCUAAAUGUAUACACAUUUGAGCUGUUUUAUAAGAAAAACUUAAAAUUAAAAAACGAUUACUUGAGGAUAAUUAAAAGAAGGAGUGGUGAGGAAGGAGAGACGAGGUGUAUCUUCCAAGAUGGGGAAUGCAAUCCGCGUGAAAGGUCUUUGCGAAAAAGGGUAAGGUGCAUUAAUCGCGAGUUUUGGAAGGCACACCAUGUGAAGGGCCAUUACCACGUGGACGCAGUGGAGCUAAACAGAUACGUCUGCUUCUUGGAGAAGGAAACCCUGAACAGGUUUCUGUUCAGCCUGCGCAUUGGCGCGUCUAGCUAUUCGUUUGACGAGGAGGACACGUACCUUUACUGGCUGUUCGUCCGGUUUGUGCGGCGAAGCCAGUUUGUGCGGCGUGGCCAUUUUUUGCGGCGUAGCCAGUUUGUGCGGCGUGGCCAAUCUGCUAGGGGGAAGUUGAUCAGAAGAGGGAGCAACACGCUUCGCAGAAUGCAUGCCAACCGAAAGGACAGCCCCUUUUUCUGCGACGCCCGCUACGUUAAGCAAUUCUGUGCAUUCGUCGCACCGUUUGUGAAGCGACAGAGGGGGAAUCCCCAUUUUACAUUCCUAAAGAAGUAUGUGCACAGCUUGGACUUUGCCCAAGCGAGCAAACCCAAGGAGAGGGAAGAAAACAACUCCUCAUGGGGAACGUCCCUCCGUUAUAGCAUCCAAGUUUGGACUGUCCAAAAUGAGGAUAACAAACUUAUGAAAAGAAGGAGGGUAAACUCUCCAUUCUGUAUGGUGCUCUCCAUUUGUGCUAAAUAUUCAACGUAUAAUUUGUCAAUGCACAGGAGGAGGACAAAGUCAUUCCCCUUGAGUGUACAUCGAGAGUGUCUCAAAUCAAGAAAACACCAACUUAAAGUCAACGUAGGAAAAGUGAAACACGCCAUGAGACGAUUUAUUUUGGGACAUUUAUACGAAAAUUUAUUAAGUUCAAUUUUUAGCUCCCUGGUGAGUAAAAGCAGUCAAUUUAAAUGGGACUCCGUUUGUGCAGACACUGGUAAGGCUUCUCAUCCAUAUGGGGAGGAGGCGGUCUUCUCGGGGGAGAAGCCCUACUUGGAAGAAAGCUCUUUCGAAAUGAGUGAACCAACCCAGAGUGGCAUUUUAGAAUGCCUAAUGGUGUUUUUCAGUCCUGUGCAUACGUACCAUAAGAUAGAAACAAAGGAUGAGUUAAUUUUCCUCAAAAAUUGUAUUCGAAACCUGCUGGAGGAAGACGUGAGGAAGCUCCUCCAUAUAACCAUCGUGAAUGUUGCUCUCCUGUGUGAGCAUCUACCCCUGGGGUACCUCUUCCCUGUGUUUCUAUUUUAUUUCCUCUUUUUAAACAUCCCCUUGGGGAGUAAAACCGGGAGAUAUGAUUUCCCUUCCCCGUUUGAGGCAACUAAUUUGAAGCAGCGCAAUUGUGAGGAAGACCCAACUCGUAAUGACCAACGUACAGAACGAUGUAGUAACCCCCCCAGGUUGCAAGAAAAUGGAGUAAAGGAGACGGAGGGGUACUUCCCCAGGUGCCUCCUCUGUUUGUACCAUGCAUUACGAAGGAAUAAAAACAUGACCUCAUUGGAGAAAAAGAAACGGUUAGUCUUCAUCGUGUUAGAUACCUUGCGGGAGAAUUACGUCGAGCCUGUCGACCAGGAGGAAUCCAUUUUGGGUCUUUACUUUGGCAUUCUGGUGAACAGUGUGUGCAUUCCCCACGAGGAGGAACUACAGCUUAUAUCAUAUAAAGUGGGAAAAGGAGAUGAAGGAAUUCCUCACCACUGUCCCGUUUGCUGCUGUCCAUGUGGGAGAUACAACAUUCGGAAAUGCCUCAUAGUGGGGGAAGGGAAAGAAACUAACCCUGUUAAGACGGAGAAGGGUCCCCGGUGCCACGACGUUCAACGGAUAUUCCAGCGCUGCUUUCAACGGCUGAACAGGAAGGAAUCCAUUUUAGGUCACCUUGGUGGGUUGAUAAAUCCCAAAGGGAGAGAGCUCCACAAUGAGGACUUCCAAAAGGGGAAAGAAGGGGAAAAAAAAAAGAAAAAUAUCUCCUGGAAUUGUGCUAUGUAUUCACCUCCACACGAAUUGUAUUCUAUCCGGUCACGAAUCGGGAGAGGAGACCAUUCGGUCAGGUGGCCUUUCGGAGGAGACCAUUCGGUCAGGCGGCUCUUCGGAGGAGACACAGUAAAGGAGAACAACCCUUCAAACCGGUUUAGCAAAAAAGGGGGUAUAAACAGUAUAGUAAAGAAAAAACACACACUAGGUGUAUCCAACCAGUUGGAAAACGAACAAGGAGAGGUCCACCAGGCCAACCGUUCACAUGAGUACUUCUACACUGAAGGGAAAACGUUUUUAGAAAAUUUGAAAAUAUUUUUGCGUCCCUUAUUGAGUGCCUUAUAUAGAGAAAGCAUCGUUCGUGUGAACAUGUAUUUUUAUUUGUGCAUGGUUCAGUCGCACCUUACGCUUCGAAGGGGGGGAAUAUCACCAAAGUGCAUGAGUCGUAAAGGAAGAGAAGCGUCAGCUAGGCAGACACGCAGAGUGACAUCCACUACAUGUAUGAGCCGACAUUUCUCCAAAAAAUACCAGGGGGGGCGUUAUUGUAACCAUGUUGAGGAUGUUGAGGAUUACCUCGCAUGUAAGUUCGAUCGAGUGGUGCACCUCCUAUGUACACGCAGUGGAAGCAGUGCAAUCGCAAAUAGGAGGUUAAGGAGGACCACCUCGUAUCUUCAAGACAGUGUGAAGAACUUAAACGUAUGGCUGAUUCUGCUGGUGUACAGACUGGCCAACGAGAUGGAUGUGCAUACCUUUGGUGGAACCACCCCCCAAGGGGUCACCACCCACGUGAGCAGAGGAGCCAACCUCUCUCUCCAUAGAAGCAGCAACAUACUUUCCCAAAUGAUAAGUAGAUCGGAAAGCGGCAAAAUAAACACAAAAAGACAGCGCAGGAGGAAUAUCCGUCCAUACAUACGCACGUUGCUUAAAAGCGUACCGAUUCAAAACUGCGAUAUGUAUGAACACUGGGAAGGAGACUGCUUCUACAUUCAGAGGAAAAACGAUGUCGUUAUUUUUAAUUUAAGAUCCAAAGGGGGGGAGAGAAACUCGGACGAUUCUCCACAUGUAUACUACCGAUUUAAUGGGAAAAAUUAUUUCGUUCACGAAAAGGACUACAAGACAAGGAGGGCAUAUAAAAUAAAGUGCGUAAAUUUAUGCCUACUAUUUUAUAGGUACUGCUUUUUUUUUUAUACGAAAAAUCCGCUCGUGUUUUCGUUCCUCCUCAACCGUGUGUUUUGCGUCUGCACCGGAUGCUUGGGUAGAUACUUGGUUCUGGGUAGGGUUUCCAAUUCUGGCACCAUCCCCGCCGAAGACGCAUCAUAUACGUAUCAUUCUUUUUGUGCCAUCCCUGGACCCCCCGCGGAAGACGCAACAACUCACGACUGUUUUUAUAAGCAAAUCGGGAUGCUCAUAAAAAACCGAAAGAACAUUUUCGUGCGUUACUUCCACUUUCUGGUCCUCUUCCUCAUCAUGCGAUACCACACGUUGGUUGGAAAUGUCCGUCACUCGGGGCUGCAGGUACUUUUACCAUCCUACUGCUCCUUCUUCCCAGACAUCGAUACAUUUUUCGGGAGCUCGGGGAACUUCUUUGAGUUCCCGUUACGCAGCGGAGCGUACGAAGUUAACCCCCCGUUCGAUAUGUACCUCAUUAACCAACUAAUCGUGUACAUUUUGCACCACUUAAAGAAGGAGGAGCACGAGCUGACGUUUUUUCUGGUCAUCCCGAUGCUGCAAGACAAGAAUUACUUUUUCGAGUUGCUCUUUGGGUCUCCCUACUUGUCCGCUCACUUUUUGUUGGCACGAAAUUCUUACACAUUUUCGACGAGACUGUUGGAGAGCAGGGAAGAAGAGUACAUUUCUACGUGUGACUGCUUCGUUUUUAUUUUGCAAAAUGAAAAGGCAAAAAUUCAAAAGGGGGUAAUUAACAAUAAAGUUGCGUUGAAAAUAAAGAAGAGAUGGGAAAAUCUAAGUCACGUUAAACAAAAAAAAGGAAUAAGCUGGACGGAUGGGUAGACACGUCGCGAGGAAAGCGACUCAUCAUGGGGAUUCACCACAGGUGAGUAAUAAAUUACAGAAUUGGUAGAUACAAUGAGAUCGCUCAACUUGGGU